AAUUUUUACCAAAGACGCAUUUCCUUGCCUUAACUGCGCUGAAAACUGUUCAUGUUUUUGCUCAUUGACAAUGAUGAAAAUUCUUAUCGCACUGAAGAAUCAAACGAAUAUGUGACUAACAACAUUGCUGGAACUAGUCAGCCUACUAACUCUGAGGAGAAUUGUGGAAAAUCUAUUACAAGUAAAACUUCUUCACGUUGUGUAGCUGAAAAAAAAAUAGAGGAAGCGGUUUUGCUAAACCACUAAACUGGAAGGGAAAUCACGAACCCAGUCACUUGCCCAUACCAACACCGGACCAAUGCCUAAUCUGAAAAGCAACAGUGGAGAUGAAUCAUAUAGUUGCAAACAAUUAGGGAAGAGCUUCAAAUCAAAGCGGAAUUUAAACAGGCAUAUGAGGAUUCCUCCAAGAGAUAAACCCUAUAUUUGUAAACAAUGUGGAAAAUGUGUUUCACGAUUAUCUCAUUUACGAGAGCAUGAGCGAACUCACACUGGCGAAAAACCUUAUGCUUGUAAACAUUGUGGAAAGGAUUUUUCACAAUUAUCUAGUUUACUUAGGCACGAGCUAAGUCAUACUGGAGAGAAACCUCAUAUAUGUAAACAAUGUGGAAAGUGUUUUUCUCGAUUAUCUCAUUUACAGAGGCAUGGAAGAACUCAUACUGGAGAAAAACCUUAUAUUUGUAAUCAAUGUGGAAAGUGUUUUACGCGAUUAUCUCAUUUACAAGGGCAUAAGCGAACUCAUUGCGGCAAAAAACCUUGUGCCUCUAAUCAAUAUGGGGAGAAAUCACAUGUUUGUGAAUAUUGUGGAAAGUGUUUUACGGAGUCAUCUAAUUUACAUGUGCACAAGAGAACUCAUACUGGAAAGAAACCGUUCGUUUGUAAACAAUGUGGAAAGAGUUUUUCACAAUUAUCUAUUUUACGAGCGCAUGAACGAACUCAUACUGGAGAGAAACCAUAUUCUUGUAAACAAUGCGGAAAGAGUUUUUCACAAUUAUCUGGUUUACGAGCGCAUGAACGAACUCAUACUGGAGAGAAACCAUAUUCUUGUAAACAAUGCGAAAAGUGGUUUUCAUAUUCAUCUGCUUUAUCAAUACAUGAGCGAACUCACACUGGGGAAAAACCUUUCAUUUGUGAACAAUGUGGAAAAAGUUUUACGCAAUCAUCUAGUUUACUUGUGCACAAAAGAACUCAUACUGGAAAGAAACCUUUCGUUUGUAAACAAUGUGGAAAGAGUUUUUCACAAUUAUCUAAUUUACGAGCGCAUGAACGAACUCAUACUGGGGAGAAACCUCAUGUUUGUAAACACUGUGGAAAGAGUUAUUCACAAUUAUCUGAUUUACAAGCGCAUGAACGAACUCAUACUGGAGAGAAACCUUAUGUUUGUACACAAUGUGGAAAGGCUUUCUCACGAUCAUCCACUUUAUCUGAACAUGAGAGAAUUCAUACUGGAGAGAAACCACAUAUUUGUAAACAAUGUGGAAAAAGUUUUUCACAAUUAUCUAAUUUACAUGUGCAUGAACGAACUCAUACUGGAGAGAAACCUUAUGUUUGUAAAGAAUGUGGUAAGCAUUUUGCACAUUUAUCCACUUUGCAUGCCCAUGAGCGAAGACAUACUUGAAAGAAUCCAAAUUACGUUGAUAUGAGCAAACCUAACUCUUGCAAACAAUGUGGAAAGGGUUUUUCACGACUAUCUAGUUUGCAGAGGUAUGAGCGAAUUCAUACAGGGAAUAAACCGUAUAUUUGUAAACAAUGCGAUAGAGCUUUCUCGGAUAAAUCCAAUUUACGUAUACAUGAGCGAACUCAUACCGAGGACAAAGUUUAACAUGGACCAUAUGUUUGCCAAACAUGUGGGAAGGAAUUGAAGGGGAAACAAAUUUUGAAAGUGCACAUGAGAACUCAUACAGGAGAGAAACCAUAUAUUUGUAAACAAUGUGGGAAGAGUUAUUCGCAAUCAUCCCAUUUAAAUGUGCACAGGCGAACUCACACUGGAGAAAAACCGUAUGUCUGUAAGAUAUGUGGAAAGGGAUUUUCGCAAUUAUCCCAUUUACGUGUACAUGACCGAAUUCAUUCUGGAAUGAAACCCUAUAUUUGUAAAGAUUGCGGUAAAUGUUUUUCCCAGUUAGCUGCUCUAAAUAGGCAUGAACGAAGUCAUACCGGAGAUAAGCCUUAUGUUUGUAAACAAUGUGGAAAGAAUUUUACUAGACCAUCCACGUUACAUUCUCAUGAGCGAAGUCACACUGGAGAAAAACCUUAUGUUUGUAAACAGUGCGGAAGAGCUUUUCCAAGAUUGAAAAGUUUAUGUAGACACGAGAAAACUCAUAGUGGAAAUAGGCCUUUUGUUUGUAAAUACUGCGCAAGGGCUUUUUCACGAUUAUCCACUUUACGAGAUCAUGAACGAACUCAUACUAAAGAAAAACCUUAUGCUUGUAAACAAUGUGGAAAGAGUUUCACUCGUUCAAACAAUUUACAAGUGCAUAAGCGAAUUCACACUGGGGAAAGACCUUAUGUUUGUGAACAAUGCGGAACACGUUUUGUAGAAAAAUCUACUUUACGUAAGCAUGAGCGAAUUCAUACUGGAGUAAAGCCGUACAUUUGUAAACACUGUGGUAGAAGCUUUGCCCGAUCACACACAUUACGAGCGCAUGAGCGAACUCAUACUGGAGAGAAACCGUAUAUUUGUAAACAAUGUGGUAGCAGCUUUACGCGAUUGCCUGGAUUACAAGUGCAUGAGCGAACUCAUACUAGAGAGUAACAUGAAUAAUGUGAGAAGAGUACGUCAGAUGAAGACAACUAUUGUCCUUCCUCUCUGGAAUAUACAUUUACCUAAACAUUCACUAAUGCGCAUGGUUUUGCGAUGUUUGUGAGCAAUGUGAAAAAUAUUUUACGAAGGCAUACUCAUGGUCGCAAAAGACGAUGAAACAAGUAUAACCUGUGUAACCUAUUUUCUUCAAAACUGGGAAUUAAGUGCUAAAAUGAUAUUU